ACUUCAAGAAAGAGAGAGAGAGGCUGAAAUAUACAGGAAAGGGGCUCGCUGCCUGGGACUAUACACAGAGAUACUGUCGUCUGGUCUCCCUCAGCCAACCUGCAGACUGGAAAGCAUAAAUUUACUGCAAGUGCUUCAAACAUGGAAAACGAUAUUGAACAGGCAAGAGCAUCAAAUAUGGAAGAGGAUAAGGCAAGUGGUCCAAACAAGGGAAAAUUUUUUGAUGUGGGAAGUGCUUCAGACAUUGAGAUGGCUAUAAAUCUCGAUUAUUAUAAAGAAAAAAGAGAGAUGGCUACAAAUAUUUUGGCAAAGCUGGAUUCUGAGGUGAAACGGAUGUCCUUUAAAAGGAACGGUUCCGAGCGCUGCAUCUACACGGUACCCAAACCGCUUCGACACGUAAAUUGGAAAGCCUACGCUCCACUACUGAUUUCCAUAGGUCCUCUUCACCGCGAAAAUACAAGACUAGAGGCCAUGGAAAAGGAGAAACUGAAAUUUUUCAAAAAGCUUACUGAACGGGAUGGGAUGGAUGAGAAGAAAAUUAUUGAUAUUGUGAUCAGCAUUGAGAACCAAGAAGAGCGUCUCCGACACUGUUAUUCAGAGAAAUUCAAAUUAAUCAAGAGCCGUGAUUUCGUAGAGAUGAUCCUGCUGGAUGCUGUCUUCGUCAUUCAGUUUUUGUUGGAGUCAAAGGAUGAUAAAGGUCCUAAGAAUUUUGAGCCCAGGAUGACAUUUGACAUACGAGAAGACUAGAUGCUGCUUGAAAACCAAAUACCAUUCUUCAUUAUUCAAGAAAUUUAUGACCACGUCAAUCCCCCUAGCCAGGAUGCUACAGCCAUUCCUUUUCUUGAUCUUGCUACGUUUCAUUUUGGAAAGUACACGUUUUCACAAGGGGUAGAAACCGGCCCGAGUGUAAAGGGAAGCAGGCAUUUCACUGAUUUAAUUACUAAGGAAUUUGAUGUUGAAUGGAGCCAUUCAGCGAAGUUAUAGCUUGAACCCUACCAUGCUGAAAUAUAGUGCCGUCAUGCUACGCAAGGCAGGAGUGAAGUUUCGGGUCACCCAAGACAAAUGUUUGGUCAACAUAACAUUUGACAAAGGAGUGAUGAAAAUACCACGCUUGGAAGUCGAUCACUGCUUCGAACGUCUUGUACGAAAUAUCAUGGCCUUGGAGCAGUGCUGCAACCCGUUUGAAGCUUACGUAUGCAGUUACAUUAAGUUCAUGAACCUUCUUAUCGACAGUUCAGAAGACGUGGUUUUGCUAGUCCGAAAGGGAAUCAUUCUCAACUGGCUAGGUGAAGAUGCCGCAGUUUCAAAUCUGAUUAACCAUUUUUGCCAGAAUAUUGAUGACAAUUACACUUGUUUUGGUGAUAUCUCUCAAGAGGUAAAUGCCCACUAUGAAAGCCGCUUUAACCAUAUGAAAGCAACCUUGAAACAUGUAUAUUUCGCCAAUAUUUGGAGAGGUACGGCAACUGUUGCAGCAGCUAUCCUGCUGAUCCUCACUUUGAUACAGACUAUAAAAUCAUUCUUGUAAGAUUUUAUCUUGCUUAGUUUUAUUACUUCUACGUAA